AUGAAACCUCCCCACUAUCCAGAUUCGUUGCAAGAAUACGCAGUAUCUGAAAAGGAUUAUCUCCAGCAGCACCCCGAAUACGAUUGUCUCGUCACAGGGGCAAUUGUGUUCAACAAAGAAGGCAAGCUGCUGAUCGUGCAGCGUGCAGCGGAGGAAAGAGCGUUCCCUGAUCUCUGGGAGGUCCCAGGAGGCAAAGUCGAUGAUACGGACCAGACAAUUCUGCAUGCUGCUGCUCGAGAGCUCAAAGAAGAAGCUGGUCUUGAAACGACCCGCAUACUGAGGAAAGUCACGCAUUUUACCUUCUUGGACAGGACCACGACAUGGCUCAAGUUGGUGUUUGAGAUGGAAGUGCAGAACGCCGACACAGUCGUCUUAGACCCAGUCGAGCACCAGAAGUACCUGUAUGCAUCCGAGGAUGAGGUUGUCAAGGACAAGGUGGGGGAUGUGGAGCUCAGGUACAUCAGUCCUGCGAAUAAGGAGGUCAAGUUGGAAGCGUUCAGACAGAAGCGCGAAGGGUGUUCCGCGUAG